CAAACUGCAUGAGGAACACCCAGAGUGGUCAGACGAAAUGCUGUUUCACAACGCCAGGAAGAUCGUUGUUGCCACAUUCCAGAAUAUUGCUCUCUACGACUGGCUGCCUGGAUAUCUUGGUGACGAAAAGCUUCCUCCUUACCCAGGUUACCAGAAGUUUGUUGAUCCAGGGGUCUCUCCUGAGUUCCAGGCUGCCAUACGAUUUGGCAUCACUAUGGCCCCACCUGGUGUUUACAUGAGAAACAGAACAUGUCAUUUUAGGAGGCUCGUCAACAUUGAUGGCAGCUCAUCACCAGCAAUGCGCCUCUGUAACAGCUUUUGGAAACGUCAGACAGGCGAUGAUAAGACAACCAGCCGGGACAUAGACGACCUCCUCAUGGGCAUGACUUCGCAGAUUGCAGAGAGAGAAGACAACGUUGUUGUGGAGGACUUAAGAGACUUCAUGUACGGACCCAUGAGGUUCACUCGGUCAGAUUUGGUGGCCAGCACCAUCCAGAGAGGAAGAGACUUUGGCCUGCGUAGUUACACUGAGGUCAGAAAAGCUCUGAAUCUGCCUCCUGUCAAGGCAUUUGAAGACAUACAUCUGGAGCUCAACAGCACCAACCCACAGUUGCUCAACAAUAUUGCAGAACUGUACGGCAGAGACAUCUCAAAACUGGAGCUCUUCCCCGGAGGACUGCUGGAGUCUUUUGAUGGUCUCGGUCCAGUUUUCUCCGCAAUAAUCUUGGACCAGUUUGAACGCAUCAGAAAUGGAGACCGCUUCUGGUUCGAGAACAAGCAGAACGGUUUGUUCACAGAUGAGGAGAUCGAGAUGAUCCGCAAUGUGACCUUUCAUGACGUUCUCAUCGCAGUUACAAGUGCAGAAACCACGGACAUACAACAUAAUGUGUUCUUCUGGAAAGAUGGUGACCCUUGUCCUCAGCCUGCACAGCUGAACGCAUCAAUGCUGCAUCCCUGCACUAAUGCGACCAAACUUAAUUACUUUGAUGGCAGCCAAGCUGGCUUUGGGAUAUUUAUCAUUAUUCUGUUCUUCUUUCCUGUCGUUAGUUUUCUGGUGGCUUGCAUGGUGGCGUAUCUUCGCACGUACAGGUACAGGAAGUUCCAGAGAAAAAGAAAAGCUGGUGACAGAACAGAGGAGCCAGCGGUGGGAAUCACGGCCUGUGAGUGGCAGGGCCAUAAAAAACCUCUGCACCCCGUCAGCGUGGAGCUCGAUGAGAAGGGAACGCUGCAGCUCUUUGACAGAUCUGGGUCCCCUCACCGCAGGCUCAAUCUGGGCAACCAGGACUUCCUAGACAUCCAUCUCUCCAACGACCAGCACCAGAAAGCUCUAAUGCUCAAAGUAUCCAAAGAGUACGACCUGGUGCUGUUUUUUGAUGACGAGAGCAAACGUGCAGCGUUUGUCAAGUACCUGUGCCUGGGGGUGACAGACCUCGCGCAGGAGAUUAGAGUGAUGGAGAUGAGAGAGCGGGAACUGCUGAAGGAGGCUUUAACCAAAGAGCAGAGGGCUCAGAUUGUGGAAACUUUCAUUCGACACGCUUUCUCUAAGGUCUUGGAAAUUGAGAAGUGUGACGCUGGCGACAUGAGUGGCGUUCCCCACAAGAAAGCCAGAGAGGUUCUCCAGUGCGAGCUGACAGCGGCGGAGUUUGCCGAUGCUCUCGGCCUCAAGCCCGACUCCUUGUUCGUAGACUCCAUGUUCACGCUCGCUGAUAAAGAUGGAAACGGUUACCUCUCCUUCCAAGAGUUUCUUGACGUGAUGGUUAUCUUUAUGAAAGGUUCUCCAGAGGAAAAAUCUAAACUGAUGUUCUCCAUGAACGACAUUGAUGGAACUGGUUUCUUAUCAAAAGAGGAGUUUGUCCGGAUGCUCAGGUCUUUAAUUGAAAUCUCAAAUGGUGCUCUGCCAAAGAGCCAGGCAGAUGCUGGCAUCAAGGCAAUGAUGCAGUCAGCAGGCUUUGACGACAAGGAGAGAAUCACAUGGGAAGACUUCCAUUUCCUCCUGCGGGGCCACGAGAAGGAGCUGCAGUUUGCCCAACUCAAUGUCAAAGGGAUGGAGAAACAGGGGAAGAAGCGGAUGAGUCGAGACCAGAGAGUGUCCUUCAUCUGUCCAGGAAACAGCAGCAACAAGACAGAUGGAGCGGAGAUACGCAGACGCAAAAGGCCAGGUUUCAACACUGCUAAUGUCUAUGUGAAGCCCAAGCGUGAGCAGUACAUCAAGAACCCAAUCCAACAAAAGAUUCAACACUUCAAGCGUUUUAUUGAGAAUUAUCGGCGUCAUAUCGUCUGCUUCGUCGUCGUGUACGGCAUCGCAGCGGGCGUGGCACUCGAGAGAUGUUACUACUACAGUUUGCAGUCCGAUUCGACAGGUAUCCCCGAGACGUCGCUGGUGGGCAUCGUCGUCUCCCGUGGCUCGGCCGCCGCCGUGUCCUUCCUGUUUCCCUACAUGCUCCUCACCGUGUGUCGCAACCUCAUCACACUGUGCCGGGAGACAUUCCUCAACCGCUACAUCCCCUUCGACGCAGCAAUUGAUUUCCACCGCUUCAUGGCCAUGACCGCCAUCCUUCUUUCAGUUGUUCAUAGUUUGGGCCAUGUGUUCAACAUCUACAUCUUCUCCGUCAGCAACCUCAGCAUCCUGUCUUGUCUGUUCCCCAAAGUCUUUUGCAACAACGGGUCUGAACUUCCUCUGAAGUGGUCGUGGUGGUUCUUUCAAACCGUUCCAGGAAUGACUGGAGUAUUACUUCUUUUUAUUUUGGCAUUUAUGUAUGUUUUUGCCUCACACUAUUUCCGUCGCAUCAGCUUUCGUGGAUUUUGGAUCACACAUUACUUCUACGUUGCCAUAUACAUUCUACUAGUUGUUCAUGGCAGUUUCGCUCUGCUCCAAGAGCCCCGUUUCUACAUCUACCUGAUUCCACCGGCGCUGCUCUUCCUGCUGGACAAACUGAUCAGCUUGAGCAGGAAGAGCCUUGAGAUCCCGGUGCUCAGAGCUGAACUGCUGCCUUCAGGUGUGACACAUCUGGAGUUCAAGCGGCCGCAGGGCUUUGUGUAUCGUUCGGGCCAGUGGGUUCGUAUCGCAUGCCUGAUGUUGGACACAGACGAGUACCACCCUUUCACACUGACAUCAGCCCCCCACGAAGAGACGCUGAGCCUGCACAUCCGAGCUGUGGGGCCCUGGACCAGCCAGCUCCGAGACCUCUACGCAGAUGAAAGCCUUCUCGAGCUCGGAGCCUAUCCAAAGCUGUUCUUGGAUGGUCCGUUUGGUGAGGGCCAUCAGGAGUGGAUUGACUUUGAUGUGUCUGUUCUGGUGGGAGGAGGCAUUGGAGUCACGCCUUUCACCUCCAUCCUAAAAGACCUGGUGUUCAAGUCAUCCAUCAAGUCCAAGAUUCAGUGUAAAAAGGUGUACUUCAUCUGGGUGACGCGAACACAGCGUCAGUUUGAGUGGGUGUCAGACAUCAUCAGGGAGGUGGAGGAGAUGGACACCCAGGAGCUGGUCUCAGUCCACACCUACAUCACGCAGGUGGCCGAAAAGUUCGACCUCCGCACCACAAUGCUGUACCUGUGUGAGCGCCACUUUCAGAAGGUGUGGAGCCGCAGCCUCUUCACCGGCCUGCGCUCCGUCACUCACUUCGGCCGGCCGCCCCUGGUGUCCUUUCUCAGCUCACUGCAGGAAGUUCACCCCGAGGUGGGUAAAUUCGGUGUCUUCAGCUGCGGACCACCUGGACUGACCAAGAACGUGGAGAAAGCUUGCCAGAAGAUGAACAAGAGGGAUCAGGCCCAUUUCAUGCAUCACUAUGAGAACUUCUGACUUGCCUCUUGGCGUCGGACGACAUGCAGAACUACUACAGCAGUUAAUGACACAGAGACAAUGUAGGGAGAUUUGAUUUAAUGUAAUGUUUAUGGAUUAAAUGUGCCUUAUUCUUUACAACUUAUUUUCUAUUCAUAAAUAUUAUUGUCAUGCAUUCAUUUCAAGCAGUCAUGGAUGAGAUUUUCUCUUUCUUUUAUCACAAAACAUACAUGAUUAUAUUCACAAAAUAUGUCAAAUAAUUUGUAAUCAUCAUGCAGGUUUUUAUUUGCUCUUUGACUCACAUAUGUACCUGCUGUUACCGGUAAUGCCAUGAUUGUUCGACUGAUUUCAUGUCAUUGGUUUCUUGUUUUCUGUUUAAAAUAUGUGGAACAAAUAAAAUCACAUUUGACAAUAA